CCACCACCAACAGCAUCAGCAUCAGCAUCAGCAUCAGCUGACCAAGAAGCUGCUAGUACCGUUGUGUCAGAGGAGGUCAGAGGAACCUCGGAUGAAAGCACGAGUGCACUUGAUGCCACCGAACAAGAGCAAAGUGAGCCACAUGUUGCAGACACAGAGACGAAGGCAGAAGAAGUGGUGGCUGAGGACGAGCAGGCCAAGAUGGACGUAGACAACAGUGAAGCAGAGAGUAAGAGAGCGGAGGAAGAUGUUGCAACAGAGAAGAGUGAUCCACAAACUACGGCGCACGAUGUCCCUGAGAAAACUGAGGAGAUCAGAGAAAGUGGAUCGGAGAGUCAGUCCAAACUGGUCAAACAACUCAGUAACGUCUCCAGUACAGACAGCCAGGACGAAGAGAAGGGAUCAGACCUGUCGGUCACAUCGGAGGAGAAGACAGAGGGACGAGGAAGACGUAAACGAAAGCUGUCCACUAUUACAGCAGUGAAAGAAUCUGAUGACGAGAGGGAAGAACAGGAAAGCAAAGAGCAACUGUCUGCUGAAGAAACGGAUCAGCAGAAGCUUGUGGAGGUCAGAACACCACGCAGGGGUCGAUCAUCCAAAACCAGCGAGGAGGGAGAGAAGGACCAACCUCAAGAACCUGAGAAAUUAGAGGAGACACCGAGCCGCGGGGGGGGGCGUUCAGGAGCUGCUGCUACAGAAGCCACAGCUGAUGAUCAGAAGAAGGAUGAGAAUAAAGACGAGGAAAACACCGAGAGAGAAGAGAGAGCUGAAGAGGAAAGUGGACCAAAGGAAAUGACACGGCGAGAAAGUGAAGUCAAUUCUGCCGUGUCAUGUUCCAGAAGCUGCAGGAAGCUCCGACUCCACGGAGACCACCGACACACGUAAACCAGCAGUGAAGAGGAAGAGGUCAGAGGAAAUGGAGGAAUCCGUGGAGGAAACUCCGGCUGAAGAGGAGGCGAAGAAGGACAACAGUCAACAGGAACACAGUGAGCAACAGCCUGAAGAAGACAGUGGU